CCGACCAAGACACCAUCACGAUACAGGCCGAGGCAAACGACAACUUCGAGUCACGGCCAAGCUAAGAGUUCUCCUUUCGACCAAACCCGCACUCUUCCUGGACCGAAUUGAGGUCCCCGUCCCGCUACAAUGACGUCCACAAUCGGCAUCCCCAUCAAGCUCCUCAACGAGGCACAGGGCCACAUCAUCACUCUCGAAAUCACCUCCGGCCAGACCUACCGCGGCAAGCUACUAGAAGCCGAAGACAACAUGAACGUCCAGCUCAAAGACAUCACCGUGACGGCCCGCGACGGCCGCGUCUCCCACCUCGACCAGGUCUACAUCCGCGGCUCGCACGUGCGCUUCUUCAUCGUCCCGGACAUGCUGCGCAACGCCCCCAUGUUCCGCAGCCGCCACCUGCGCGGCCGCGGUGUCGGUCUCGCCCGUGGAAGGGCGACCGUUAGCCGUGCGAGGGCGAGUGGGCGGGGUGGAAGGUAAUUCGGGGCGACGGGGCGAGAGGACGAAAGGAAAAGGAGAAUCUUACAACACGAUUUGGUGGGAAAGACGGGGAUGGAGG